GGCCAGGCUCCCGGCCCGCAGCCGCUUCCGGUUGUGUCGGGGCAUGGCGGGGGACGGCGGCGCGGCCGCCUCACGGGAGCUGCUGGCCGUGGGGCUCCGAGGAGGGCUGGAAGAGACUUUGUUGAUUAGAUCAAAAUGCAGCAGCAAGGAGGCUACAACCUUACAGACAGUGAGGAUGCCGAGGAGUAACCUUUUGGACCGAGUACAGAGCUUUUUACCACAGAUGGCCCAUGCAAAUGAUGAGCUAAGAAGAAAAAUGGUUACAGCACCAGCUCAUCAGUUUGAUAUUGAAAAUCUAGACAGUGCAACAGAAAAAGUUAUAGAAAUGAAUGUGGCUGUAGUUGAACUGAGUGAUUCUGAUACAGAUGAAGAGAUACUAACUUCAGAAGAUGACUCGGAAUCUGAAGAUGACUGUAUAGCAGGCGAAGUGACAAUAGACAACAUUAAGCUUCCGAAACAAAAGGGAGAAAAGGGCAAAAUAGAAAUUUUGGAUAGCAAAGUGAACGAGUAAAUCUAUUUUAUUUUACUAAAAAUAAAUUAAAAAACCAAACCAAACUCAACAAAAACCCCAAAUCAGGUUUUCUUACUUUGAAGACUUGGCCCUUGAAAGCACCUUGUUUCCCAAUGUAGUAUCCAUCAAGAUCAUGUGAAAUGCUGUAAUUUAGAUGGUGGGCAAUUCAGGAUCCACUCAUGACUGAGGCAGGCUGGAUUUCUAAAGAAUUAAGUACGGUUUUAUUAAUCAAGCAACAUGGAUAAUAAACUUCAUAGUAGGUUAGACUAAGAAAGCAGCUAGAAUUUGGGGCACUUGGAACUAGUUAAGUUAAAAUUGUUCUGUUGCUUUGUUGAAGAAAGGUUGUUGAAAGAAGAUUUUUGUAGUGUGCUGGAAGAGGUUUUUGCUUCAAGGGCAGGGAAGAGACAACUAAGAAAAAAGCUUUGUUUUUUAUAUCCCAUGUCCUUUGAAGUGUUAUGCACAAAGUCUUCAAUAUUAAACAGUAUCUUGAAGUGCGUUAGAGGUAUGUCUACAUUGCGUUCACAGCAAUAACUGUUGAACAUUAAAGCAGCGGCUCAGUGUUUCAAGAUGAGCUAGCAUGGGUAAGGACAGCCAUGGCUCUAAAGAGAGGUCAGCAAAGGAUUACUUACCAUGUCUGCCUGCGCUAAAGUCCCUGUCGUUACAGGUAGGCUACUAGCUCCUAUCUGGAACAUUUGUGGCUGUUGUGCAGAUACCCUCAGUACUUAAACAGUCAAGUCUGCCGCUGUGGUAUUCCAAUUGCUUUAAGCUACGUUUUUUGUCUCCCACUUUCCCCGCCAUAUUUCUGUCCUCUCCAUUUUAUUAAGAACUGUCACUGCCAGAAGAAUAGAAAGCUGAAUUUUCAGCUGGCCUGUACUUAGGUGAGCUUAAAACAAUUGUGAAACCAAAAUCAGUGAAAGUAUGUCUCAUUCAUACUUAACCUCAGAUUGAUCGGAUACAAUUAUUUGGGCUGUUAUAUUUACAACAUAAAUCAGUUUGCAUUUCAGAAGUAUCUGUUGUGCUCCUGGAUGUCAUUGUUUGUUUCUUAAAGGAACUUUUUAUUCUCUACACCAUUAAAGUUUUCUAUAUUGUAUUCCUCAAAUGUUAAACUUGAUGUCAUGACUUGAAACCUGCAAUUAUUUACAAUUUACUUCGACUCCCAUUCUCAAAGCUAUAGUUCUAAUAUCUGUUUCUAUAAUACUUGUGAUAAGAAAUAACAAGGAUUCUGAUCUUUCUUUCACAGUAUGACUUCUUAAAAAUAGAACAGGGGCAUGAUUUACUGGGAUUAACCAAUUAAACCACAACAUAUAAGUGAAGGAUGGGAAUCAGAAAAUGGGACUGCUACUUUAAAUGGCACACCCACAGAUCAGGAUAAGCUUUGGGUGAAAUUGCACUCCUAGAAGGGCAAGUGGUCUUAGUAGGCUUAGUUUGCUAGAUAAGGUCUCAAUCUAUGGAAAAUUUCCUUCAAACUGAAAAAGUUUGAAAGCGAACAUCUUAACUCAGUCAUUUUACAAGGGAUUUUCCCAUAGGCAGAAAGAAAAAAACCCCAAGCAAAGCCACAACAAUCGUGAAAUACAAAGUAAUAAUCAUGCUGUAUGAAUCAGUGGUAGGAGUCCAUGUGAGCAGACAAAGUGAUUUUAAUCUGGUAAUGUAAUCAUCUUUCAAAUUGCAGGCAAAAUCACACAUUCAUAUCAACAAAAAGAUAGAAAAUAUUUUCAGUAACUUGAGCUUGAUAUGCAUAGUUUAACGCCAAUGUUGAACUCUGUAUGUACUAUACAAAGAUCAGAGUAAGUGCACUUUCUUGCAUUGAUUUACAUCUUAUGGCACGAAGGUUUUCUGUACUGCUGAAGAAUCACCAGAGCAGAAUGUUUAGUUGCUACUGUAAAACUUGAACUGGUUUAUCACAAAAAUGGCAUAAUCAGUAUAUUUUAGUUCAAGCCUAAUAACUAAGGAUUUAAAAUGAUUGUGUAAAUAUGUUCACACAAAUAAGAAAUAGGGAUGAAAGAAUUCUUCAGUUGGAUUUAAAGAAAUAAACCAUGUUCUUGGUAUUUUGGGGGGGGAUUGCGCUAACAACUGCUGCUGCAUAAUUUAAAUAAAUACAGGUUGGUUUCCAAAUGCUUUAUCUGUCAGCGAGACUAAAAUUUAGACCUGAUUUAUAGAAACUUCUCCAUGGAAUGGGUUUUAUUUUGUUGGGGUUUUUUAGUUACAGCGCUGCAGAUGGCCUAUCUUAGGCAAGAUAUUAAGUGCUUCAUGAAGGUUCAAACUCUGCUGAACGUUUACUUUCCAGGUGAAGCCGUUACUUCAAUAUUCCACAGUGAUGGCUUUGGUUCUAAGAUAUUCAUGAAGAGCUUCUUCACCUGUACGAGCACAAUAUUCACCAGUUAGUAUAGCAGCUCAGUGAGAGAAUGUUGUCAGUGACUGUAACUGUAUUAAGAAAAAUAAUAAAAUGAUUUAGCCAGUA